AUGGAGAAGGAGGACGUGAAACACAUAGAAGGGGACGAGGAGGCUCCUGGACGAAUUGGCGCGGUACCCGAUACUAUCACUUCAGACGUGUACGAUGAGAAGCUCAACAAGGAGCUGAACCGUCGGCUUGACAUUCGGAUUCUACCUCUAUGCUGCUGGCUUUAUCUUCUGAACUUUCUCGAUCGUGGAAACAUCGGUAACGCACGCGUUCUGAACGCAGAAACUGGCGAUGAUUUGCUUCACCGGACCGGGAUGACGGCAACGGGUUAUGCCAUCACUGUAUCACUAUUCUCAGUAGCCUACGCCGUUUUCGAAGUUCCCUCCAAUUGGGUGAUGAAGCAUUAUAUUCGACCAUCGCUGUGGCUAGCAUUUCUCUUAGGAUGUUGGGGUGCUCUGACUGUGGGAUUUGCUGGCGUCCGCAACUACGGCACAGUCCUGGCGCUGAGACUUCUAAUCGGAUUGUUUGAAGCAGGAUUUUUCCCGGGUAUCGUGUAUUUCAUUACCAUCUGGUAUAGACACGAUGAGAGAGCAGUCCGGAUUGCCCUAGUAAUCGCAUUCUGUAACCUCGCUGGGGCCUUCGGCGGAGCUAUAGCCUUUGGAAUCGGGCACAUAAACGGAGCAGGCGGAUUGCAAGGAUUCCGAUGGCUUUUCAUCAUCGAGGGAAUCAUCACAAUACUCAGCGUAAUACCGACUGCACUGAUUCUCCCAGACUACCCAUCCAGAGCAAAGUUUCUUAAUGAGGACGCCAAACGCUUAGCAGUGGACCGGCUCAAGGAAAGAGGAGGCGGGUACAAUAGGGACCAUGCUACACGCACCGAGAUAUUGAGGACAUUCUUCGAACCACGAAUGCUGGCACACUACUUCGCCUAUAUUGCGAACGUCGUUCUGCAAGGCUCGUUCACCUUCUACUCACCGACGAUUGUCACAGGUCUGGGAUACGCCUCGAUCCAGGCGCAACUCAUGACGGUCCCACCCUGGGUCGUUGGUUUCGUGGUGGCUAUUGUCAUGUCCUAUUCGGCCGAUCACUUCGAUGCCCGGGGAUGGCAUAUUGCUGGACUAUCCGUCGCAGGCGGCAUCGGGUGGGUAACUGCUGGGUCUCUGCCACCAGAUGCGAUCCCAUUUGCGAUCGCGCUGCACAACUCGUGCGCAGGUAUUGGCCAAAUCAUUGCACAGUGGAUCUGGAAGUCAAACGAGGCUGCUUCAGGAUACCCAACGGGGAAUUAUGUAUGCGCCGGGUGCAGUUUCUUCGUCGCUGCCGUAGCCAUCGGCUUGCGGCUUUGGUAUGCUCGAAUGAACCGGGUUGGAUCGUUGGAUGCUCGUGGUGGAAGCCGGCUUCCUCUCAGAAACGCCUUGCGUGCCUCGUGUCGCCGCUCGGCCAUGCCGCAACCUCUUUCUCUACGAGGCUCGAGAAGCAUUCAAACAGAGACGCCACACGGAGGUGGCUCGGGUAUGGGUGGCUCAAACAUGACACCAACGAACUAUAAGAUCAUAGCUAGUGCUUUAGCUAUUGGAGGCGCUUUCUACUACGUACUCGGCCGUCCAGAGAAAGCUACAGGCGCGACAGACAAUGUCAAUCCCAAAGCUGCGGAAUUGCGGCGUAAGUCGGGAUGA